AAACGAACUGGCAGAGGCCAAACACAUGUUGCUUUUCGUGUCAGUGGAGCAGCUUAAGAAAGCAAGCUCUCCAGCGUGGGUUGGGGAGGAGAGCAGUGGACUGAACUCUUCCUGCAGUGAGCAGAUCCCUGAGCAGCUCUCUAGGCAUCCGCUGUGCCUCGAGGAGUCUGUUGUGUGCAGUACCCCUUAACUAUAUUAACGGGGGUCCUUUCUCCUGCAGGAACGUGCAGCCAGGGUCCCUUGCUGCCCCGCCACACACUGAAGACUAUGAACUCAGUCUUGACCAAGUAUGGUUCCCCCCCUCGGAGCUGGCUCAAUCUACGCCUGGGGAUGAAUGAUCGGACUCUAACAGAGGACAAGGUUCUGUGCUGCCAAAACCCCACCUGCAUUGACCAGAGGAGGGCUCUCAAGGUAUGUCACCACGCCGAGUGCCAGCAGCUGAACCACAGCAAUCCCUUGAACCUGUGUGAGGCCUGUGACCGCAAGUUCCACGGCACCAUGCACUUCGACGGGCACAUCCGCUUCGACCUGCCCCCCCAAGGUUCCAUUCUGGCCCGGAACGUAUCCACGCGCUCAUGCCCCCCACGCACCAGCCCUGCCUCCGACGUGGAGGAGGAGGACGAAGGGCUAGUGGAUGGGAAAGGGGACAAGAAGAGCUCGGCGCUGAAGCUCCCCAAGAAGAAAGCCCGGCGCAGACACACGGAUGACCCCAGUAAAGAGUGCUUCACCCUGAAGUUCGACUUGAACGUGGACAUAGAAACAGAGAUCGUCCCGGCCAUGAAGAAGAAGUCCCUGGGGGAGGUGCUGCUGCCGGUGUUCGAGAGGAAAGGCAUCGAGCUGGCGAAGGUGGAUAUUUAUCUGGAUCAGUCCAACACGCCUCUGUCACUCAGCUUUGAAGCGUACCGCUUCGGGGGACACUACCUGAGGGUGAAAGCCAAACCCGGCGAUGAGCUCAAGGUGGAGCAGGCCGUGAAAGACUUCAAAUCGCUGAGUCUGCCCAUCAUGCGCUCCUCAGGCUCCGCCUCCACCUUCCUCUUCACCCCCACCGGGGAGAGACCGGACCAGCCGCCCUUCCGCCGGGAGAGCAUGGACAUCCUGGCCCCGGGACGGAAGCGGAAGAACAUGAACGAGUUUCUGGGCGAUUCCAGCAUCCCAGGCCAGGACCCCCUGCAGCACUUCAGCUGCUCCCUGCCCAGCAACGGCAUCGAUACGUGGAAGAAUCGGGCCGCCAGUCGCUUCAGUGGCUUCUUUGGCUCCGGCGCUAGCACUGGCCCCUUCGGACGGGAGAUGGACAAGAUGGAGCAGCUGGAGAGCAAGCUGCACAGCUAUAGCAUCUUCGGCCUCCCCAAGCUCCCCCAGCAGCUCCGCUUCGACCAGGACUCCUGGGAGGAAGAGGAGGAUGACACCAGCCUGUGCCUGGAAGACAGCUGGCAGGAGAUCACCGAGGGCACGGAGGCCCUGACGCGCCGGCAGUGCCACCAGCAGGAGGCCGUCUGGGAGCUGCUGCACACAGAAGCCACCUACAUCCGGAAGCUGAAAGUGAUCACGGACCUCUUCCUCUGCUGCCUGCUGAACCUGCAGGAGUCAGGGCUGCUGUGUGAGGUGGAAGCUGAGCGUCUGUUCAGCAACAUCCAGGAGAUUAUCCAGCUGCACCGGGCCCUGUGGAGCGGCGUCAUGGCCCCUGUCCUGGAGAAGGCCAGGAAGACCAAGGCGCUGCUGGACCCUGUGGACUUCCUAAAGGGAUUCAAAAUGUUUGGCUCCCUCUUCAAGCCCUACGUCCAGUACUGCAUGGAGGAGGAGGGCUGCAUGGAGUACAUGCGCACGCUGCUGCGGGACAACGACCUCUUCCGGCUCUACGUGACGUGGGCAGAGAAGCACAAGCAGUGCAACCGCCUGAAGCUCAGCGACAUGCUGGUGAAGCCGCACCAGCGCCUCACCAAGUACCCGCUGCUGCUCAAGUCGGUGCUGAAGAAAACGGACGACCCUUGCACCCGGGACGCCAUCAUCACCAUGAUCAGUUCCGUGGAGCGGUUUAUCAACCAUGUGAACUCGCGGAUGCGCCAGCGGCAGGAGCAGCAGAGGCUGGUGGCCAUCCUCAGCCGGAUUGACUCCUACGAAGUGGUGGACGGCAGCACGGAGGAGGUGGAUAAGCUCCUGAAGGAGUUCCUGCACCUGGACCUGACGGCCCCCAUCCCAGGCACCUCCCCUGAGGACACGCGGCAGCUCCUCCUGGAGGGGAGCUUGAAAAUGAAGGAAGGUAAAGACAGCAAGAUGGACGUUUACUGCUUCCUCUUCACGGACCUGUUCCUCAUCACCAAGCCGGUGAAGAAGGCCGAGCGCACCAAGGUCAUCCGGCAGCCCCUGCUCGUGGACAAGAUCAUCUGCCGGGAGCUCAAGGACCCCGGCUCCUUCCUCCUGAUCUAUCUCAACGAGCUUCGCAGCGCUGUGGGAGCCUACACCUUCCAGGCCAGCGGGCAAUCCCUGUGCCGCGGCUGGAUCGAGGCACUGUACAAUGCACAGAACCUCCUGCAGCGGCUGCGUCUCCAGGAGCGGCAGCGUAGCCAGCGGCAGCAUCUGCAGAGCCUGGAGGAGGGCGAGGAUGGGGAGAGCGGGACCUCGGCAGCCAGCUCGCCCACCAUCCUGCGCAGGAGCUGCAACAGCCUGGACUCCCAGCAAUGCCCCUCCGAUGGCUCCACGGAGACCAUCUCGGUGGUGGUGGUGGAUGCCAGCGAGGAGCUCUCCUUCCCGGACUUGGAAGUGGGGCCAUUCAGCUCGCAGUCGGACGAGACCUCCAUCAGCACCACCGCUUCGUCCACCACCCCCACCCGGGAGCUGCUGGAGGGGGGCGGGGAGCUUGCAGAGACACACACACCCCCCAGCUCCAAUUGCCUGACGCUGGAUUCCAGCGGCUGCAGAUCGGCGUCCAUCGACAGCGCCUAUGGCACCCUCUCCCCCACCUCCAUCCAGGAGUUUGCUGAGGCGCAGCAGCUGGAGCCAGGGGCGGAGGAUGGGGGGCCCCCGCACUUGCAGCGUGCCCCCUCGCCCAAGCUGCGCCGCAGGACGCCCGUGCAGCUCCUGCCCUGCAAGGUGAAAGCGCUCAAGUCCAAGUCGGAGGCCAGCCUGCUGCAGCUGAUCCCAGCCUCGCCCCCUCUCGCCCAGAGCAAGAGCCUCUGUGACCUCUUCACAGCUCCGGGCCAGGCCACGUUCCUGGCAGGCCCCAGCCAAGGACUUGCACGGCGCGAGGUCCCAGCUGGCUUCCAGAGGACUAGCAGGGCGGGUGCCGGGAGCGGGGAAACCCGGUCAGACUGCAGUAGCCUCGGCCUGAGCAUCUGCAGCAGCAGCAGCGGCUCCUCAUCAGAGUUCUCCGAGCCCGAGGAGCUGAUGUGUGCCAAGGGCUUUGCUUACCCAGCUGAGAGCAACGUGACGUCCCCUGCUGCGCCUGGGCAGGAAGCUCCCCCAGCAGGGCCUGAGGGGGCAUCUGCCCCGUGCCGGGCUCCCAGCACCGCCGUGACUGAGCCCCUUGCCCACCAGACACUGUCAGACCCGCAGGCGGCCCAGCACCGCAAGCUGACACUGGCUCAGCUGUACAGGAUCAGGACCACCUUGCUCCUCAACUCCACGCUGACCGCCUCGGAGGUCUGAGAGCUGCAGGAGGCUCCAGGAGAGGAGCGGUGCUGCCAGUUCCGCCAACCCCUGACGGUGGAGCACGAGCGCCCAGG